GGGUGAGUUGUGGAGGUCUGAACAAAGACUCAUACAGAGAGCAGGAGUACGGGUUGGGAAUCUGAGAAGAAGUCAAGGACGGGCUAGAGACAGACAGACAGAGAGAGAGAGAGAGAGAGAGAGAGAGAGAGAAUCACUUUGAAGGAUAAAUAUAUCAAAAGAAUAAGAAGUGUGUGUGAGGGAGGACGUGCCCAACCCUGUUCUGUGUGUUUGUGUGUGUGUGUGUGUGUGUGUGUGAGAGAGAGAGAGAGAGAGAGAGUGUCUGAGUGAAUGAAUCUACACUGGAUGCCACACCUCCUUUUCUACACAUCUGGGUGAGACAGCAGACGGGAAAAAGACACAGAGAGAGAGAGUAUAUUUACCGCUGAGGAAUAACAGACGCUGGACGUCUCGUCUCUCUCACACAGACACCGGAAGAUGAUGGACUAGUGUGAAGAAAAGGUGGAACCAUGUCGUUCUUUGGCCUUGACUGUGUGAAAAAAAAAGAGAAAGAGACUGAGAGGAAGAUUCGGGCGAAUGACAGGGAAUACAACCUCUCCUUCAAAUACGCGACGAACGGGAUCAAGACCUCGAAGUACAACGUGCUGACCUUCCUCCCUCUCAACCUGUUCGAGCAGUUCCAGAGAAUCGCCAACGCCUACUUUCUGUGCCUGCUUGUCCUGCAGGUGAUUCCUGCAAUCUCUUCUCUCUCAUGGUUCACCACAGUGGUGCCCCUCGCCCUGGUACUGACGGUUACUGCCGUCAAAGAUGCCAUCGAUGAUAUAAAUCGGCACAAGAGUGACCGGCAGGUAAACAACCGCAAAGCUGAAGUGCUGAUCAAUGGAGAUGAGAAAUGGAUGAAUGUUCAAGUGGGAGACAUCAUCAGGCUGCAGAACAACCAGUUUGUCACAGCUGAUCUCCUCCUCUUGUCAAGCAGUGAGCCCCUGAACCUGGUUUACAUUGAGACCGCUGAGUUGGAUGGAGAGACAAAUCUGAAGGUGAAACAGGCUCUGACAGUUACAGGAGAAAUGGGAGGGAGUGUUGAGUCCCUGGCUGCAUUUACUGGAGAGGUGUGCUGUGCCCCUAAUAACCGUUUGGACAGUUUUAUGGGGACGUUGGUGUAUAAGGGACACAAACACCCUUUGGACAAUCAGAGUGUGUUGUUGAGGGGCUGCACACUCCGUAACACCACCUGGUGCUUCGGUCUCGUGUUGUUCGCUGGUCCUGACACUAAGCUGAUGCAGAAUUGUGGGAAAUUCAGUUUCAAGAGGACGAGUAUCGACCGCCUGAUGAACGUCCUCGUGCUGUUUAUCUUUGGGUUUUUAGUGCUGAUGUGUGUGAUCCUAGCGGUGGGUCAUGGUAUCUGGGAGCACUAUGAAGGCAGAAACACCACCUACAUCCCCCGAGAGGGAAACACCAGCGCAGGCUUCUCAGCCUUCCUCACCUUCUGGUCCUACAUCAUCAUCCUCAACACCGUGGUGCCCAUAUCACUCUACGUCAGUAUGGAGGUGAUCCGUCUGGGGAACAGUUACUACAUUAACUGGGACAGACUGAUGUACCACGAGCGCAGCGACACGCCGGCCGAGGCUCGUACCACCACGCUGAACGAAGAACUUGGCCAGAUCAACUACGUCUUCUCCGACAAGACCGGCACGCUCACACAGAACAUCAUGAACUUCUCCAAGUGUUCCAUCGGCAGCAAGACUUACGGAGAUGUGAUUGACCACUACACAGGACAGAGGCUAGAGAUCACAGAGGACACGCUCCCUGUGGAUUUCUCCUUUAAUGACCUUGCAGAUGUGAAGUUCCAGUUCUAUGAUGCUGCUCUGUUGGAGGCGGUGAAGCUCGGCAAUCCACAAGUUUGCAGUUUCUUCAGACUGCUGGCUUUGUGCCACACCGUGAUGCCUGACGAGACCAAUAAUGAAUUGGUGUAUCAGGCUCAGUCUCCAGACGAGGGCGCUCUGGUGACGGCAGCACGUAAUUUUGGGUUUGUGUUCCGUUCCCGCUCUCCGGAGUCUCUGAGUGUGAUGGAGCGAGGUGAAGCACGCUGCUACGAGCUGCUCGCCAUCCUCGACUUCAACAACGUCCGCAAAAGGAUGUCGGUCAUCGUGAGGAGUCCAGAGGGACAACUUUCACUCUACUGUAAAGGAGCAGACACUAUUGUUUAUGAGCGACUCGACCAGUCCUGCAGCAAACUCAUGGAGAUCACCACAGAACAUCUCAACGAGUUUGCAGGGGAGGGUCUGCGCACGCUGGUCUUGGCCUAUAAGGAUCUCGAUGAGCAGUAUUUCUCUGAGUGGAAUCAGCGCCACCAUGAGGCGAGCACCGCACUGGAGCAACGAGAAGAAAAACUCAAUGACCUGUAUGAGGAGAUUGAAAGAGAUCUGCAGUUACUGGGAGCCACAGCGAUAGAGGACAAGCUCCAGGACGGUGUGGCGCAGACCAUCGAGCAGCUGGCCAAGGCGGACAUCAAGAUCUGGGUGCUGACAGGAGACAAGCAAGAAACCGCAGAGAACAUCGG